AGCCAGAGCCCGGGUCGAGAUGCCACCACGGCCACAAUCCACGAGCCCGGCGCGACACCACCGCGCGCGCGUGAGCCAGCCACAAACGCCCGCGGAUAGGCGCGCGCACGCCGGCCAAUCCUACCACAUCCCCGGCCUCCGCGGCUCGCGAGCGCCGCUGCCAUCCGAUCCGCUGAGUUUUGGCUAUUUAUACGUACCGCGGGAGCCUGUGUGCAGAGCAGUGCAUCUCAAGAAGUACUCGAGCAAAGAAGGAGAGAGCUUGGUGAGCUGCAGAGAUGGCCCCCUCCGUGAUGGCGUCGUCGGCCACCACCGUCGCUCCCUUCCAGGGGCUCAAGUCCACCGCCGGCAUGCCCGUCGCCCGCCGCUCCGGCAACUCCAGCUUCGGCAACGUCAGCAAUGGCGGCAGGAUCAGGUGCAUGCAGGUGUGGCCGAUUGAGGGCAUCAAGAAGUUCGAGACCCUCUCCUACCUGCCACCGCUCACCGUGGAGGACCUCCUGAAGCAGAUCGAGUACCUGCUCCGUUCCAAGUGGGUGCCCUGCCUCGAGUUCAGCAAGGUCGGAUUCGUCUACCGUGAGAACCACAGAUCCCCCGGAUACUACGAUGGCAGGUACUGGACCAUGUGGAAGCUGCCCAUGUUCGGGUGCACUGACGCCACCCAGGUGCUCAAGGAGCUCGAGGAGGCCAAGAAGGCGUACCCUGAUGCAUUCGUCCGUAUCAUCGGCUUCGACAACGUCAGGCAGGUGCAGCUCAUCAGCUUCAUCGCCUACAAGCCCCCGGGCUGCGAGGAGUCUGGUGGCAACUAAGCCGUCAUCGUCAUAUAUAGCCUUGUUUAAUUGUUCAUCUCUGAUUCGAUGAUGUCUCCCACCUUGUUUCGUGUGUUCCCAGUUUGUUCAUCGUCUUUUGAUUUUACCGGCCGUGCUCUGCUUUUGUUUUUGUUUCACCUGAUCUCUCUCUGACUUGAUGUAAGAGUGGUAUCUGCUACGACUAUAUGUUGUUGGGUGAGGCAUAUGUGAAUGAAAUAUAUGGAAGCUCCGGCUAUAUAUAUUUAUACAAAGGGUACGAGAUGGAUGUGAA